UGGACCUGCCUGUCAACAACACUGCAACCUGAGACUGGAUAGCAACCUCCCAGUUAGCAAAGUGAACCUGCUAAGUAGGUACAAAAAAGAAAAAAAAAUGAUUUUUUUUGCGGUUUGAAUUUAUCUUACUAACUUCUACAACAAUGUAGCUUAGUCGUAAAAAUAUUUCGACGAGGAAAGAUGAAGAACGGACUUUGUUAGGUGUGAUUGUGAGUAUGGCUGUUUGUCACUGUGCCCUGCGAUUGGCUACAUCCAGCUCUGGGCGUACCCCACCUCCUACCCAUUGACAGCUGUGAUAGGCUCCAGCACUUCCUGCGGAUCUUGUGAGGAUAAGCAGGUGCUGUUGAAGAGGAUGGCUGCACAGGUGGAGGUACACAGUGGGGAGGCUGGAAGGACAAUGACAGGAGGACGACUUCACUUGAGUCCCUUGACCAACUCAAGCAACACAAGUCCAUCAACCACUCAGUCGGAUAUCAUCACUCCUGAGCCUAAAAAGCCUGUUCCUGGCCCCAAGCCACGGUUGACUCCAAAACCGUUUCCUGUGGAGAAUAAAAACACUAUUAAGCCUAUACUUGCCCCAAAGCCGCAAACCAAACCCAGACCGGAAUCCACUAACACCACUGUAUAUAAACCAGAGAUUCCCAACAAUUCAAAACCACAGCAACCAGUUUCCAUUGUUAAGCCAAGGCCUGUGUCAGUCAGCUCCAGUCGUCCUGGCUCCACUUCCUUUAGAACAUCUACUGAGGUGAAUCCUGAGCAAACAGCUAAGCCUGUCCAUCCAUUUAAACCACCCCCUCCUUUUGACUCCGUAGAUGCCAACAUAUCAACGCCUCCUUUGCCAGCAGAGAGACAGAAACCUAAGAUCCAGAUGAGACCCAUGCAGGAAGGGGCAUCCAUUGCCAGAGCCAAGUCAUUAGGGUUUCUUAAUCAGAGUGAAAAAGAGGAUGAACAAAGUAAAUCUGUGACAGUUGUCCCACCUCAACCCAAACCCCGAGGUUCCAAGCCCAGACCUGUAUCUGCUAUUUUUCUUAACAAUCCAGAGAUACCAGUUCCCGCUCCACGCGUGUUUGGGGGAAACUCUCUUUCAUCUGAUCUUACAUCCAAGUUUGAAUCUAUUGGUCUGUCAUUGCACCGUAGAGCGACCAAACCCAACAUUAAGGAAUGCACUGCAAAAGAUAAAUCACUUCCACAAAAGACCCAGAAGGAGAAAAUCAGUACCGUGAGACGAAGUACUGAUGGUGAAGUUAAACAGUUGGUCUCAAACGAGCAGACUAACAACAUUGCAGAAAAAAUUAUCGUUAAAGAGAUGGGGGAUCAGCGAGGGGCCAGCAUCAAGUCACGAAUUAAUCUCCUGCUUGAUUCCUCCUCUGCUCCUGAGAUGGUGUCUUCUAGCCAGAUAUCAGAUAUUCUCUCUACAGAGCAGACACUCACUGAAAGUGAACCACAAGUGACAGUUAAACAGCUCAUGAAGUAUCUUUCAGAGGCUACAGCUCCAACACAGAGUCCCGUGAUGAAACCUGCAAUGAAGCACUGCCACCUGCUUGCUGAGUUCACUAAAAGCUUUUCAUCCGAGAAAUUGUCUGACUUUGGCAAUGUUUCACUCAGUGAGGCUACAGAAUAUCAUAAGAUCAGGCAAGAUCCUCAAAGGAGGCUUUACCCAGUCAACUCCUGUUCCCAGAUCGGUGUGGAUUUCCAAGAUCACCUCAACAAGACUAACUCAAUGACAGAAAGUACAGCGGCAGAACAAGUGUCAAGUACUACCAGCAAUCACAGUGGUCCUCGUUUUGAAAUGCAGACAGUACAAGGGUCAUUAUUUAAUAAUACUGUGGGAAAAGCCAGUGUGACCAAUGGUGCUGACUUACUCAGUAACCCACCUUUACAAGUAGGAAGCAAAGAGGAUGAAGGAACUUUGGUGACAGCCAUGUAUAAAGACUCUGUUUCUCCAAAACUCCUGCGAGUGAACCACACCGUGGACACAUUCCAAGGAAUGGGAGAGAACUUAAGCUCCAGACACUCAGAAGGGAACAGGAAAAUGAUGGAAACAAGUACUUUAAUUGAAGGAGAACCAGCUUCAGCAAUGCCAGCAGAGCAACAACCUCGAUACUUGCGAAUAGGAUCCUUGCAGAAAUGGCCUACAACAGAUGUGGCUCAAGAACCCGGUAUCAAGAAUGCCAUGCUAAAGCAUUUGCAAAGGUCAAAAGAAAUUGAUUUGAAUAAAGACAAAGACAGACAGAAAGAAGCAGAUCAUGAGGAAACACCUGGAGCUCCUAAACGAAUGAAAACGCUGCCGAUGGAUGAAAAGCCAAAACCCAAGGCAAUCUAUUUUGCCUUAACCGGGCAAAUACAGGCGUCGGUGUCUUUAGACACUGGAUCUGACAUCAUAGAUUCACCAGUGCCUUCUGAUGAUUUUGCAAUGGGUUCUGGACAGAUAGACACUCAAGGUAAGAUAGCUGAAAUUAAGAGGAAUAUGUCAAUAAAUCAAACAUCUGGAGACAAAAAACAAGCUAAAUAUGAUGACAUCAUGGAAAUGAGCCACGUUUCACCCAGGCUUGAUGACUUAACGCCAGAUAAAAAGACAGAACUAGUAAAAAUAGUGCAAACAAAGGAUGAAAGGCAAAAUGGCAAAAUAAAUAUUGAUAGGGACAAAGAGCGACAAAUGGAAAUUGAGAAACAAGCCCUUUUACAGUAUUCACAGAUGAAGGAAAGGGAGAUGCAAAGAGAAUUUGAAAGACGUAAAUCAUUUGAAAUGGAGAAACAAAAACAGAGAGCACUUCAAAGCCACAAUCUGCAAGAAUUGGAGUUUGGACUGCUCAAAGACAUGGAAAAACAAAGGCAGUUGUAUUUCAAGCAAGAAAAUGCAAAUCGGCUAGAACAAGAGAUGCAGAGGGGGCAGGAUGUAGAGAGGCAUAGAGAGUUAGAAAAGCAGAGACAGAAAGAAAUGCACAGGCAGAUGGAACAAGAAAAGGAGAAACAACAAAAACUGCAAAGGCAGAGAGAGCAGGAACUGGAGAGGCAACAAGAACUAAUGCGGCUAAAAGAGCAGGAAAUUGAAAGACAGCUACAGCAGAUGAGGAUAAGGGAGCAGGAAAAAGGGCAACUACAAGAACUUCAAAGCCAGAAAGAACUGAUGAGGCUGAGGGAGCAGGAAACUGAGACUCAGCGAGAACAGGUGAGGCUGAAGGAGCAGGAAAAUGAAAGACAGCAAGAAUUAAGGAGGUUGAGGGACCAGGAGAAGGAGGAACGGAAACAAUUUGAGAGGCACCAAGAACUAACAAGGCUGUGGAACAAGGAAGAGGAUCAAGAGCAAGAACAGAUGAGAGUGAAGGAGCAUGAAAUGGACAAGGCGCGAGAACUUGUGCGGCAGACAGAACAUGAAAAGGAGAGACGACGGGAACAUGAGAGGUAUGGAGAACAGCAGAAGCAAAAAGACCAAGAAAUUGAGAGACAACGAGAAGUUGAAAGACAGAAAACACAGAUGAAGCUGAGGCAGCAAGAAAAAGAGAGGAAGCAAGAACAGGUGAGGUUAAGGGAAGAAGAACUGGAGAGACGAGGAGAAUUUGAGAGACGGAAAGAAAACGGUAGACUGAGGGAGCAAGAAAUGGAGAAAUGGCGAGAACAUAAGAGGCAGCAAGAAUUACUGAAGCAAACAGAGCAAGAAAUAGAGAGAGAGCAAGAACUGCAAGAACAGUUGAUUUUGUCGGGGCAAGAAAUGGAGAGUCAGCGAGCAUUUUCAAGGCAACAAGAACAACUUAGGCAAAAAGAACAAGAAAUGGAGAGAAUGCAAGAACUUGAGCAACAAGAAGAACAGGCUCGGCUGAAGGAGCAGUUAAACGAGCAACAGUUGGGAGUUCAUAUGCAGCAAGAACUCAAAAAAGAACAGCAGCGUGAAUGGGAUAGACAAAGACAGAGAGAAGAGAAGCAGACAGAGUUAGAUAUGGAGAUGCUUUUGGAAAUGCAAAAGAAUAAGCAAAUAGAGGAAUUGGAGAGAGGUAAAGAAAGAAAGGAAGGAAAACUCUCCCUCCAAAACUUGAAGCGGAAAGAAAAUCAGAAGUAUCAUUUUUAUGAGGUUGAAAAGCACUGGUUCAGAGAGAAUGCUGAGAAAACAAGACAAAUGGCAUUAGAGCAGGAAAUCCUCAGACUGAAACGGAUUGAUGAAGAAUGGGAAAAACAGAGACAAAUGGAGAGGGACCGUGUGGAACAACUUGAAAGGGAAAGGUUUAAAGAGCUGGACAGACUUAGAGACUUGCAAAGGGAAAAACAACUCCAUGCUGAGAAACAGAAACAAAGGCUAUUACAACAGGCCCUGCAGAAUGAAAGGUCUACAUGGGAGGCAGAGAGAGAGAAGAUGGAAAAGGCUGAGGCGGAGAAAAUGAGACAGGUUGCCAGACUUCAAGAAGCAGAGAGGCACAGACUAAAGGAGAAACACAGCAAAGAGGAACAUGAGAGAAUGAGGCCGGACCAGUCCACUCUGAGGCCCAAAGUGGUAGAUGUCGACUCUUUGCUCAGAGCUGCCACCUCUCAACACAUUGACCCUUCAUUAAGAUGGAAGGAGCCCUAUUCCAGAGCUGAAGAGCCUUACAAACCUUCCAUUCUUGAUGUGGACUCUUUUAAAUCACAAUCUCAGCCAUACUCAAAUCAAUAUCUACUGUCUAUUGCCAGUAUUCAAGAAGGAGACCCUAACUUUUGUACUCUAUUACGCACCCCACCUGAAAGCGAUAUUACAUGGAAGAUACCCCCACGGACUUCAGUUGACUUCACAAGUCCAGUGUGGACGCUAUCCACCCGUGACCCACAGGAGCGACAGCCAAGUGAAGUGGCUUACAAGAAAUCCCUUCAUGAGCCCAGAAAACACACAACCAAAGUCAGCCCAGACCAACUACUUUGUGGCCACGACACACAAUCCCAUGCCUCACAUCGGUGGCGCUGUAGGCAAGGGAAGCCACCUGACGUAGACCCAUAUGUUCAAAAAGAGACAACAGCUGCGAUCUCCAGCAAUGCUCCUGUCGAUCAGGUCUGGUUACCCAGAGAACUAAAAUUCCAGGACAACCAGGAGGAAAUCUGGAACCGCAGGAGAUCCCAGGGAUUCCAGGAACUGAACAGGAUGCGGUCCCGAAGUAUGUCACGUAGAUCAGCCCCAUCUGGUGUUCCUGUUGAGAAAAGUAUUUUUAGAAUAAGGAGUCGCAGCGCUCACAGAGAACAAGACCUCAAAGGCUGGGAACAACAGAACCAAAGUGUCAGUGGUGAGGAUGAGAGGAAGGACUUUGCAACACCAGUGGGUGAGACAGAUAGUCAGUAUGGGACUUGGGAGACUGGACUACGCACUGAUGAUAGCUUAACCCCUGCCACUCCCAGCUCAGAAAGCAACCUCAGCCCUUCGCCAAGGAACAAACUUCCUUCACACUCUCAAGGAGAGCACGAUAUCUUUGAUGGCUCAAAUCCACCCUCUAAAUCUGAAAACCUGCCACUGUUGUUCCCAGAUGCCCCAACCACACUGUUAGACACUGGUGUCCUCCGGUCCAGAGUCCAGCUGGGAAAGAAGCGCGCUCCCAGGACACGGCCCUCUAGAGCUGCCCGUCAAAACAGUACCCAAGCUGAGACAGAAGGGGACAGCUUUGAUGACUGGCUCUACCGAGACUCAACAGAGGAUAAGGUUGAGCAUAAGAUGGAUGCAGUCGACUCUGAGGAGCAGGCCAGAGGAGCAGAUGCUGCUGCUACUUUUGUUUCUCAGCCACAAAGGAUUCCCCUGUUCCCAGGGGUGGACUCUCAAGCUUUAAAGGUCCAGUUGAAGAAGAGGAGCGACUCUGACAAUCAAACUGAUGCGCCGCCUUCUUCCCUUGCCUCUCGCUCUCCCAAAUCGCCCUUCCUGGCUCGGGCUCCUCACGUACUUCUCCCAGCUGGUGGGAAAGAAAUCAGUGAGGAGGAAUCACCCCAGUGGUUGAAAGAGCUCAAGUCCAAGAAACGCUUGAGUCAAUAUGAAAAUGAAAGCUAAGUUGCCUUGGGAAAUGGAUCUAUAAGAAACAGAUGCCUUAACGUUCAACUUGGCGAGAUGGGUCGCUGCAGAUGUCUGCUGCUGAGGAUGUUUUUCUUCUUUUGGUUGUCUGUCUGGGUUGAUCAUCCUGCAUGGUGCCUUUUGUAGAGAAUAUUUGCAAAAAUAUAAACAAGACUGGGGCACAUGAAAAAAAAAAUACACCCAGUUGCUAUGCGUACAUAUCCCUUUCCUUUAAAUGUGUGGCCUCCUCUACUCAGAGAUUUAAACUUUGUGAAAUUUUCAGUAUGUACCAGGGUAGUAUUGGGAGAGAGAGAGAAGAAUAUUUACCUGCCAGGUUGCAUGUCAGGAAAUGGUUAACUUGAGGGACCACUGCACAAUUCAGCCAAGUGGAAUAAUACAAGAUAUACAUUUGGGUCCUAUACUUGUCUAAUACGUCCAAAUCAAUGGUUGUGCAUAUGUUGCCUUUAUGUUAACAAUCAUUGAUCGGAUGUCACACAAGCAUUGCCAUGGCACAAUAUUUCAGAUGUGAUAGUAUUUCAGAUAUUUCUUUAUUGAACUUUAAAAGCUGCUUCCCAGAUUGUUAGAUGGAAUGUAUAUCCUGUAAGUAUCCGCAAGAUGUUAUAUUUGUAUGUUUUACUGUGACAGAGAUUUUUAGCAGUUUCUAGAAGAGUAUAAUAUUGUUUCAUUACAUUAGAGGCUCCAUUGACUUGCUUUGAUAUGGUCCUCAAUAUUAGGAUCACGCUUUUGUUUAAAUGUUUUUUCUUUGUGGGAGAGGGAUGGGAGGCUUCAUGAACACUCCUUAACAGCGAAAAUACUUUUUUCAGUUUUAUAGGAUAACACUAAUCAUGUUCCUUCCCACUACAUCACUUGCAAGCAUCCCUCAAAAACCAUUGGACACCUAACUAUUGUCACACACUCCACAAUGACGCUCUGAUAAUGUGUUCCUUCAAUCAUGUGUUUGCACAAUCUUUGCUAUCAGGCUUUGCUCAAAGCGACCAGCUUGGAGAGACAAGAAGUUAGAUCACACAACUCAAGCGGUGGGAUACUUUGUCUGCUCCAUUUCUUUCUGGGCAAAACAUUUAUGACUCCAUACAGUUAGCUGUAAUUUUCCAUGUGUUGUUGCCACUGACUCAUUGACAUCUCAAAAGCACUUCGUCACUUGAUGCACAGCACCACUGACCUCAUUGGUCAUGUGGAUCAAGUCUUUUGUCUGUUUUUAUUUUUUGGUAUGUACUUGUUAAACAUAAAUUUGUGGUUUAUUUUACAUGUCAUUUGAUCUUUUAUUAUUAUUUUUUUUUAAAGUACCGAUGGAUAAUACACUGUGUUGUUCUGGCCAGUGUCCUCAAGUAAAUCAAUCCAUAAUAAAAAAAAAAAAAUCUACUUGUCUUGCA